AAUUCAAAAUGGCAUCUUCGAUGGGAUUACUCUGCCUUUUUAGUAUCUUGGUCAUUGGCAGCACGCUUCUGGAAACUUCGGCGCUGGACAGCGAAGUUGUGGAGUCCGUAGCCGGUGGUCCCAAAUCGAGCAACCUUAUUGAAGAUGUGAAAGUAAAUCUGGAGAAAACGUGGAGCCCUAAUGGAUCCAUGCAGGCGCAGCCGUAUAAUAUUCUGGAGACCAACUGCCCACAUGGCUAUGUCCUGGCUAAUAAACAUUGCCACAAGCGUGCCUAA